UUUCUAAUAGUAUGGUCUGGUGUGCUGGUUUGGGAAUCUUCCCUUAAAAUAUGGUGAUUUCAUUUUGAGAUGAGACAUUAGUCUGAAGAAGGGGGAGAGCGAAUACCAAACGGUGGCUUGUUCAAAUGACAAGCAACAGUUGCAAUGGCUUCCGCAUCGGCCAUGACGCAUGCUGCACCUCUGUGGAUGCAUGAUCUGGCGCCGAUAUAAAUAUACGAACCAAACUGAAACAACCACAGAUAGCAAAUGGCAGGAGGAGUGAGGAGGAUCAAGUUGGGUUCACAAGGCCUUGAGGUUUCUGCUCAAGGCCUGGGAUGUAUGGGCAUGUCUGCCUUCUAUGGCGCUCCGAAACCCGACGCAGACAUGAUCAGUCUCAUCCACCAUGCCAUUGACUCCGGCGUCACCUUCCUCGACACCUCUGACAUCUACGGCCCCUUCACCAACGAAAUUCUGCUUGGCAAGGCUCUGAAGGGAGGGGUAAGAGAGAAGGUUGAAUUGGCCACCAAGUUUGGCAUCUACUUCGCAGACAAGAAGAUUGAGGUGCGAGGUGACCCUGCCUAUGUGAGGGCUGCUGCCGAGGACAGCUUGAAGCGCCUUGGUGUUGACUCUGUUGAUCUCUAUUAUCAGCAUCGGAUUGACACCACUGUCCCCAUAGAAGUCACGGUAGGGGAAUUGAAGAAACUAGUUGAAGAGGGUAAGGUGAAGUACAUUGGCCUAUCUGAGGCCUCAGCUUCUACAAUAAGAAGAGCACAUGCUGUUCAUCCAAUAACAGCUGUGCAGUUGGAGUGGUCCUUGUGGUCGAGAGAUGUCGAGGCAGAAAUAGUUCCUACUUGCCGGGAACUUGGCAUUGGUAUUGUUGCAUACAGUCCUCUAGGGAGAGGAUUCUUUUCAUCAGGCGCUAAGUUCGUCGAAAACCUCUCCCAUGAUGAUUCUCGAAAGCAUCUACCCAGGUUCCAACCCGAAAACGUAGAGCAUAAUAAAACACUAUUCAAGCAGGUUAGUGAUCUUGCUGCAAGGAAAGGGUGCACCCCAUCUCAGCUAGCACUGGCCUGGGUUCAUCAUCAAGGAAACGAUGUAUGUCCGAUACCCGGAACCACAAAGAUUGAGAAUUUUAACCAGAACAUUGGUGCUCUCUCUGUGAAACUGACACCAGAAGAACUGUCUGAGCUUGAAUCUUUUGCUUCUGCUGAUGCCGUUAAAGGUGACAGAUAUCAGAAUGACGUUAGUACUUGGAAGAAUUCUGAAACUCCUCCAGUGUCUUCAUGGAAAGCCACAUGAGCAUGUGACUUUUGUCAUGUCAUAAUGCUUCUUUGUACCUCAUGAGCUUUGUGAACUUCCUUACCGUUAUGAGAAUAAGUAGUGCAUGUGAAGUGGUAUGUAAUGACUGACUUUGAGACGUUCGUCAUUUUGUACGCAGAUUUCAUCAUGUUGUAUGAGUCCAAAAGUAUGAAAAAAUCUGGGGUCAAGCGAAGUUUUUCAUUUUA